AUGGAUAUUAUGGGCAAUAAGCAUUUACUAUUGAUGGAUUUAAGAAUUGGAAGAAGGUAUUCUAAUUCUUUUUACAAUGUUGUCAAGAGAUUAUGUGAAGAAUUGAUGAAUCAAUUUCAACAUACACAAAAGGUGUUGGACAAUUUCACUUUUGAACAAAUUAUAGAUAAUCGACUAAGAUUGAAGGUCUCAAUUGAUACAAUUCAAUUGCUUGCAUUUCAAGUAUUGGAUAAAGCUUUGAAAAAUGCCUCUUAUACAUCACCAAAGAUUCAAAAAGAAAUUUUACAUAUUUUUUCAACUAAAGUAAAGAAUGCAAUUCGUGAAGAAUUUGGUGAUGCAAAGUAUUGCAUAAUUGUUGAUGAAACUCGUGAUGAGUUAAAGAAUGAGCAAAUGGCUAUAGUUUUGAGAUUCGUUGACAAAGAUGAUAUUCAGAAUAUUCGAAGGCAAAGAUACGAUGGUGCAAGUAACAUGCGAGCUUUAGUGGCAGCAUCGAAAGCUGUUAUCCCAAUUCAUAAAUUUUUUCCUAAAUUGACUUUUGUUUUCAAUAUUGUCGGUGCUUCAUGCAAGCGCAAUGAUGAAUUGAAAGUUGCGCAAGCUGUUGAAAUUGAACAUAUGAUUGACAUUGAUAAGCUUGAGACUGGAAAGGGACUUAACCAGAUUGGCACUUUACAACGAGCUAGACAUACUUGUUGGAGUUCUCACUUCAAGUUAGUUUCAAGUUUAAUAAAAAUAUUCAGUCCAACAUGUGAAGUUCUUCUCAACAUCAUUAAUGAAGGAACGACUUUUGUCCAACGAGGAGAUACAGACUCAGCCUAUGAAGCAUUGACUUCAUUUGAAUUUGUCUUUAUUUUGCAUCUCAUUAAAGAAAUGUUGGAGAUCACGGAUUUACUUUGUCACGCUUUGCAAUCAUCUACCAAGGCAUUUUUGCAAAAGUUUAGAGAAGACAAAUGGGAUGCUUUACUAGCCAAUAUGAAAUCAUUUUGUAAGGUAUGUAACAUAGAUGUCCCGAAUAUGAAUGUUCCUUAUAUUAGGAGAAGAUGUCGAGCUCGUGAUCAUCAAGAUGACUUUACAGUUGAGCAUUAUUAUCGAGUAGAUAUUUUUUAUGCUACAAUAGAUUCUCAACUUCAAGAAUUAAAUGGGUGA